AUGUCCUCCGUCAGCCGCGGCCUAGCCCUCGGCCUCAGAUCCAACAGCGCCCUAAUCACCCCACCACACCCCCGCACCCUCCACACGACUCCCAUCGCAUCCUCCAACAUCGGCAACCUCGUCUCCCAGAUGCGCGCCAACGAAAAGUCGCCACCGACGGGGUUCAAUGAUGCGGACGUCAAGAAGGGGCUGCAGCCGGUCAACCCCUAUAAUCUGCCGACGGUGGCGAACAAUGCGGCGGAGUGGGCGUUGACGACGAUUGAUGGGUUGAUUAAUUGGACGAGGACUGCGAGUGUUUGGCCUAUGACUUUUGGAUUGGCAUGUUGCGCCGUCGAAAUGAUGCACAUGGCCGGCGCCCGCUACGACCAAGACCGCGUCGGGAUCAUCUUCCGCGCCUCCCCCCGACAGUCCGAUGUCAUGAUCGUCGCCGGCACGCUCACCAACAAAAUGGCGCCGGCGCUCCGCAAGGUCUACGACCAGAUGCCCGAGCCGCGCUGGGUCAUCUCCAUGGGCUCCUGCGCCAACGGGGGCGGGUACUACCACUACAGCUAUGCGGUUGUUAGGGGGUGUGAUCGCAUUGUGCCGGUGGAUGUGUAUGUGCCUGGGUGCCCGCCGACGGCCGAGGGGCUGUUCUAUGGGGUUUUGCAGCUGCAGAAGAAGAUUAGGAGGGAGAGGGUUACGCGGAUGUGGUAUAGGAAGUAG